ACAUCACACAGUGUACCCGUCAAGGCCAGGGGCCAAUGCACACCUUCCUCACCUCCUUGCAUGGCUGCUGUGUUUUUUGGCUCUUGUAUCUGCUUUACGUGGCUCUUCUGACUCAGGUGCCAUUUGCUAACCCUGUGCUCUAUGUAGCUGCUUCUGACAGAUCUUCUUUCCUCUUCUAAUCUUCCACUCAGUGGUCCCAGCAAACGAGGACAAGAUAAGAUCUUCACCUACAGAGAGUCCCAGGGGCCAACGCUGGGCAGAGACUAGCUCAACCCUUCUUACAAAAGGGCUUUUCCACAAGCGGCGCCUCAUUUAGCCUCUGCGCAGUGAGACACUCUGCCUCGAGAACAACUUCUCAUGGAGCCAGAAGCCUUAGAAAUCUGCCCGUACAACCCUCACCACCGAGUCCCACUCAGCAGGUUCCAGUACCACCUGGCCUCGUGCAGGAGAAAGAACCCCAAGAAAGCCAAAAAGAUGGCCAGCUGCAAAUACAAUGCCUGCCACGUGGUCCCCAUCAAAGAACUGGAGGAGCACGAGGCUGCUUGUGUCAACAGAAGCUCCGUGGAAGAAGAGGACAACCUGAGCCCUCUGAAAGUUGGUCUUCCAAGUUCGGAGCAGAAGGACGACGCCCUGCAGACCUCCCCCUGGCUUCCCAACCCUGAUAUCUGGAACGUCGAUGACGCUAACUGCCACCCUAUGUUUGUCCUUAAGACUUUUGUUCCCCAAAAGCUUGUUUGUGAGAGCGACACAAGGGAGUCGGAGAGGGAGGAGACCAGCCCCCAGAAGAUCCUCAGACCAGGACAGUAAAGUGCCAGCCGGGGAAGUACCACUCACCUCUUAGGCAUGAAAGGAUAUGCAUCGCAAUAAAGGGCAUGCACAGUAAACUACA